CUCGUCAAUGAAGUGCGGCGCACAUUUUGGAGCAUCUCGGCUUGUUUGCUGUCUGAAGGACACUCUCUCAGCUGUUAUGAGUGCAGCAGACGUAAUGGUCCUAUGGAUAAUUCUUGUUCAGAACAAGACGUAAAUACAUGCCCCAGUGAAUUUUCCAAGUGCAUGAGUUCCACAGUAGUUCAAGUUGGGGGCAUUACUACUACGUCAAGGGGUAAAAGCUGUUCUGCUAACUGUCAUAGUGGUUCCCAAAAUGUUGGCUUUCUAAGGAGUGUUAUAGAGUGCUGUGACACAGAACGGUGUAACGCCCAAUAUGCUCCAGAUCCCAGAACUAUGGUCCCUAAUGGAAUGAAAUGUUACUAUUGUGAUGAGAAGAGCUGCUCAAACAUAAUGGGUUGCUCAGGCAGUGAAGACGGCUGUAUUACUGUAACACCUAAGAUUCUGAUGGAAAAAGAAGUUUCAAGGAACUCCGGAGGCCAGCCAAGGGUUGUAAAAGGCUGUAUCUCUAAAGAAAUUUGUGAUUCAAUGGUUAGCAGUGCGGAGGUCAUCUCAUGUUGUUCAGGGAACCUGUGUAAUGGUGUUCAGAGCGUCACUCAGUGUGUUAACGGUGCUCAGAGCGUCACUCAGAGCUUCCUGUUCCUCUGCUGUUCUCUGCUCUCCUUCAUCCUGCUGCACUGAAUCCAGCAGCUCUUCACAUUCUACAAUCAGACACACUGUACUGAAUA